AUGAGCGUGCGUAUGAAUGAAAAAAAUAUUGUCGAGUGUUUGUUCGAAGAUAUACCAUCCGAUAGUGACUCUUUUACUUCUUACGAUGAUUCUGAUGCCGAUGAAACUUAUUUACCUGAUAAAGAUGUUGAAGUAAUGGAAGUCAACCAUUUAUCUGAUGAUAGUAAGAUUCGUCGCCCUUUAUUUCCGCCAAUAAAUCAAGAAGCACAUUAUAAAUCAACAGAAACUCCCGAAUUAGAAAACAAUAUCGUCGAAAAUAAUCCACCCGAAAAUACAUUGAUACAUACUGAUGAAAAUGAAGUAUCAAAUAAUGGUUUUGAAUUUACUAUUCCAACGUGGUCAAAAAAUAAUGAUUUUUCACAAGAACCUCUUCCCGAAUUUACGUGUGCCGACGGCCCAACUAAUACAAAUGAAAUAAUGACUUUCCUUGGCAUGAAUAUUUUAAUGGGUAUAAAACGUGAUCCAAGCUAUAGAGAUUACUGGUCUACAUCUUCGGACUUACAUGAUGAUUAUAUAAGUUCUCUUAUGACUGUAAAUCGUUUUGGUUGGCUACUCUCAUCUCUACACUUAAAUGAUAACUCGGUUAUGGCAAAAAGGGUUGACGAAUCUAUGAUUAAGUUCAAAGGGCGAUCAACUAUAAAGCAAUACAUGCCUAAAAAACCAAUUAAAAGAGGCUAUAAGGUAUGGUCGUUAGCUGAUAAACAUGGAUAUCUUUGGAAUUUCGAUUUAUACACUGGUAAAAGAGGCGACUCUGUCGAAACAAAUUUUGGAGGACGAGUAGUCAAAGAUCUAACAAACCCAUUACACCAUAAAAAUCAUAACUUGUACAUUGAUAAUUUUUUCACAAGUGUACCACUUUUGGCAUAUCUGAAAUCAAAAGGUAUUUUUUGCUGUGGAACUGUUAAUAGUACUAGAAAAUACUUGCCAAAAUUAGAGUUAGAUAAAAACAUGAUAAUGGGCGACAUUGACUGGAACAUGAGUGACCAAUAUCACAUUUCAAUCGUCAAAUGGAAAGACAAACGAGGAGUUACUUUGCUGUCCAACUUUCAUAAUCCUACUAAUGUCGUUGAGGUCAAAAGAAAAUCUAAAGAUGGAACCACAUCAAUGAUUCCUUGUCCCAGCGUACUUAAGGACUAUAAUAUGAACAUGAACUGCGUCGAUAAAUUUGAUCAGUAUAAAAAAAUGUAUCACAUAGAUAGAAAAAGUCAUAAGUGGUGGCAUCGCAUAUUUUUCUUUUUUUUUGACGCAGCUAUUGUGAAUUCUCAUAUUAUAUACACAAAAAUAACAGGAGAAAAAAUGACAUUAAAAAAUUUUCGUCGUGAGAUCUCAAAAAGCCUCGUUUCAAAAACAUUUGUUCAAAAACGCCGACAGAAAGGUUCCGGAUCACCAUCGCCUAUUUCAAUAAAAAGAGCAUCUGUAUCACCAUCUGUUCGCAAGGAACAAUCAGCACAUCAGCCAGAACGGACGACGAGAAGAAGAUGCGCCCACUGCAGUACUAAAGAAAAAGAAGUUCGCACAGAUUGGAAAUGCACCAUAUGCGAUGUACCACUUUGUAUCUCUAAGUCAAGAAAUUGCUUCAAUAAUUAUCACAAAUGUUAA